GUUCCCGGAAGUAUUCCACACGUGUGCCUCUUGACAGCGAGUCCUUGAAAAGACAACAAAAACAGUUGUCGGGGUACGGUUCCCAGCAGUCGACCUCAACUAUGGCAGCGAAAAACCUCAUAUACCCUAUGUACCAGCUGGGCAACCCCCAGCUCAGGCUCUUCAGACCCAACUGGUUUCUGACUCUGGUGCGGCCGGGGAAGGAGCAGCCCCCCGACAUUGCUCAGUUUCGCAUCCCCAUGGAAAUGACCAAGUAUGAUGUGAGGAACUAUCUGGAGAGGAUCUAUAAUGUCCCUGUUGGAGCAGUUCGCACCAGGAUACAGCAUGGUUCCCAGAAGAAGAGGAAUCACCUGAACCAGAAGGUUAAGAAGCCGGACUAUAAAGUGGCCUAUGUUCAGCUGGGCCAGGGCCAGACGUUUACCUUCCCCGAUAUCUUCCCAGCAAAGGACAAGAAGCCACCGGAAGGCUCAGUGGAGGCGAUGCAGGAGAAGCUCAUGGAGGAUGAGAAGCAGAAGCAGAAACCUGACCCCAGGAGAGGAGGGGUCACUGAGUGGUUUGGACUCUAGCAACCCACUGACCUGGAACUCUUAAAGGGUGUGUGCGUGCGUGCGUGCAUGUCAGUGGGGGGGGGGGGCAUGAGUCCACACGCUUGUGGAUGUAUAUUGACAGAUGAUGUAUUGAUUUUACGGCAUGACCUUGUUAUCAUUUUCAAAUUCUGUUUGUGUAAGUUACUCUCCGAAGUGUAUAGAAGCAGAGAAUGAGCAUGUGUGCGAGAUGCAGGAGACGUGUGUGUGUGUGUGUGUGUGUGUGUGUGUGCAUGUGCGCACACAUGCAUGUGCGAGUGUAUGAGGCUGCUGUCCAGCAGCCCGAGCCAGAACACAACCACAGGAGGAGGAGAGUGGCCUUGGUCCAUCUGUCUAGAAACCAGCCCACCAUACAGAAUCUCCGUCACCUCAGAUGACCUCCUCUUCUCCCUCCCUUCUUCCCUACCCGCUGUUCCACCUCCUUUCUCCUUCUACUCUUGCUCCUCUUCUUCCCCUGCAAAAGCCUCCCCUCCUUCUCUCUUUCCCCAUAUUGCUCCUCAGUAUUCUACCCCCGCUCCACCUCCUCCCCCUUUUGUUCCUCCUUUUUCUUGAGGUCUUCCUUUUUUCUCCUCCUCCUGAUCCCUCCUCCUUUGCUGGUCCUCCCGUCCUCCCUCUUUCUCCUCCUUUUUCCCGCUUUCUUCCCCUACCCCCCUCCCUCCUCGUCCUCUACCUACCAUGCUGGGGAAACGGUACAGUGUGGUAUCCCUAGUAGCCCUGACACAUAGCCAGUUGGACCGGAGAACCUGGACGGCUCGCAGUCUUUCCUCUUUUAUGAGUUUGCCGCGGAUUAAUUGACCACUUUAGGUAAACAACAAUUGAGAUGUUGUUUCAAUAAAGCAGCAACACGGAAUCUGUUGGAGCCUUUCGUGAUUUUUGUGGUAGUGCCGCCUCUUGCCGCAACUCUGAAAGACCAAGGAGGCGAUCAUACCGUGUGUGUGUUUGUGAGAGUGCGUGCGUGCGUGUUUGUGUGUGGCGUGUGAGACUUGCCAGUGAAUCUGUUUGUUAAACUAAGUACUGUUGGGGUAAGAACCAAUAAAUGGUCAC